AAUAAGAGCUCCGCGCGGCUCGACCCGAUACGGCACUGACCGGACGCCAUCGCAGUUGGACAUAAGAGCAAGGAUCGCCCACGUCUCGGUGUAAGAUCCAGGAGGCAGGAGAGGGGGGCCCACCGUGUUGCGUGUCGGAUCACGAUGAUGCAAAGUGCGGCGAUCCUCCCCACAGAGAGUCCCGUUAAGAGUUUACCGGACAUCCUGGGAGUGCCACUGCAACAGAUCCCCCAGUGUGCCGGCUGCAGUCAGCACAUUGUGGACAAGUUCAUCCUGAAGGUUCUGGACAGACAUUGGCACUCCAAGUGCCUGAAGUGCGCCGACUGCCACACGCCGCUGGCCGAAAAGUGCUUCUCUCGGGCUGGCAGCGUCUACUGCAAGGAGGACUUCUUUAAGCGUUUUGGAACAAAAUGUGCAUCGUGCCAACAGGGGAUCCCUCCCACACAGGUGGUGCGGAAGGCCCAGGACUUUGUGUAUCACCUGCACUGCUUCGCCUGUAUCAUGUGCAGCAGGCAGCUGGCCACCGGGGAUGAGUUUUACCUCAUGGAGGACGGCAGGCUGGUGUGCAAGGUGGACUACGAGACGGCCAAACAGAACGAUGAUUCGGAGGCAGGGACCAAGCGACCGAGAACCACCAUAACAGCCAAGCAGCUGGAGACCCUCAAAAGUGCCUACAAGAACUCCCCCAAGCCUGCGCGACACGUCAGGGAGCAGCUUUCAUCUGAGACGGGGCUGGACAUGAGAGUAGUGCAGGUGUGGUUCCAGAACCGCAGAGCAAAAGAAAAGCGUCUAAAAAAAGACGCUGGCCGCCAUCGCUGGACUCAGUUCUAUAAAAGUGUUAAACGCAGCCGAGGGGGGUCGAAGGUCGAGAAAGAGAGCUCGGCAGACGACGCAGGACUGAGUGACAGUGAACUCAGCUUCAGAGAUGACCAGGUGCUGUCAGACCUGGGCCACGCCAACGGCCUCUACGGGAGCGUGGGCGACAUAACAAACAGCGCGGUCCUGAACGGCGGCUUCUCGUCGGUGGACGCGGCGGGGCAGCCGUACCACGACAUCCGCGCCGGAAGCCCCUACGGCCUCCCGCAGUCGCCCUCCUCCAUCGCCUCCCUGCCGGGUCACACCCCUCUACUCAACAACCUGGCGUUCAGCAUGGACAGUCUGGGAGCACAGGGCGGAGCGGGCGGCGUUGGACAGGCCCUGAGGGCCAUGGCGGGGGGGCCCGCCUCAGACCUCUCAACGGGCAGCAGUACGGGAUACCCCGACUUCCCCACAAGCCCUGCGUCCUGGCUCGACGAGAUGGACCAUUCCCAGUUCUGAACCACUGGGAGGAAAAAACACACACACACACAUACACACACACACACAUCUUUUUACACGUUUCUAUUUGUGAUGAAGAGGAAACAGCUGCUUAAGGAACCCCGACGAGUGCACCGUACCAACUUCACCCUCGUUCUCAACAACGUGAGGGGCUCAAGUGUCGAUCCGGAGGCGCCUUGCAUGCUUCUGAGCGAUCAUGACGAGCCUUUUUUUUUUUUAACGUUGACCACGCACUUUACUCUCCUCGCCCACUUGCUGCACACCGGGACACAAAGGCAGAAUUAGACAAGCGGAAGAAAAACGGAGACGUACGCACAAGGCUGGGACAGUGUUGCAUUGGGAGAGAAUUUUACAAAAAGUCUGGCACAAGCGUUUAGUUAAAGAAAAAAAAAACAACAAAAAAAACAGACGUUUUUUUUUUUCUAUGGGGAAAGUCCAUGUUUCGCUCGUCCAUGAGUGCUGAUGUUUUUAUUCUGUGUUUAUGGGUGCUUGGCUUCAUGUGUAACGCGUCAGUAUUUCAUUAUCGCUGUCCACAGGCCAAAUUAUUUAUUUGAAGUAUUUAUUCUCAUAAAACGCACAGACAAAAAAUGGCGAUAACGUGCAAGUCUUUUUUUUUUUUUACAAAUGAAAAUCAUUCACCUUGAUAUUGCUCUGGGAUGUAUUAAGCGGCAUUCUACAAACCCCGUUUCCAUAUGAGUUGGGAAAUUGUGUUAAAUGUAAAUAUAAACGGAAUACAAUGAUUUGCAAGUAAUUUUCAUCCCAUAUUCAACAUAUUUGAAGUUCAAACUGAUAAACAUUUUUUAUUUUGCAAAUAAUCAGUAACUUUGGAAUUUGAUGCCAGCAACACGUGACAAAGAAGUUGGGAAAGGUGGCAAUAAAUACUGAUAAAGUUGAGGAAUGCUCAUCAAACACUUAUUUGGAACAUCCCACAGGUGUGACGUCACAAAAAAAUGCUCAGUCUUUCACAAGAAAGGAUGGGGCGAGGUACAUCCCUUUGUCCACAACUGCGUGAGCAAAUAGUCAAACAGUUUAAGAACAGUCUGGACCCCCUCUCCAGGGGCCCAGGCUUAGACCAAUUUUAUUUUAUUUUGUUUUAAUGUAUUUUAAUCUUUUAUUUUUUUCUCCCAUUCACCCCCACUUUUUUACCUGUAUCUCACCUUUUUGGUGAGGGGCGCUGGAAGCCAGCAGACCCGUCAGCGAUCCUGUUCUGUCUCCCUGUAAUGUUUGUCUGAUCUUGAAUGGGAUUGUGCUGAAAAUGUUUUUUUCCUGAAGGAAUAAAAAAAGUACUAUCUAAUCUAAUCUAAUUUAACAACGUUUCUCAAAGUGCAAUUGCAAAAAAUUUAGGGUUUUCAACAUCUGCGGUCCAUAAUAUCAUCAAAAGGUUCAGAGAAUCUGGAGGAAUCACUCCACGUAAGCGGCAUGGUGAUGUAACACAGUGGUGAACAUGCCCUUUCCCAACUACUUUGGCACGUGUUGCAGCCAUGAAAUUCUAAGUUAAUUAUUUUCUGAAAAAAAAGUUUAUGAGUUUGAACAUCAAAUAUCUUGUCUUUGUAGUGCAUUCAAUUGAAUAUGGGUUGAAAAGGAUUUGCAAAUCAUUGUAUUCCGUUUAUAUUUACAUCUAACACAAUUUCCCAACUCAAAUGGAAACGGGGUUUGUACGAUAGGGAUGGCCAUUUUGACUAAAUCUGCUUUUAAAAAGUUAAAGUACCACUGAUAGUCACACACACACACAAGGUGUGGUGGAAUCACCCUCUGCAUUUGACCCAUCCCCUUGUGCCACCCCCUGGGAAGUGAGGGGAGCAGUGAGCAGCAGCGAUGGCCACGCUUGGGAGUCAUUUUGGUGAUUUAAACCCCCAAUACCAAUGGUCCGCGGGCCAAAAAGAGCGAUUUUAAGUAAUACAGCAACACCAUGAGUGGGGAGUUUAGCCCCAUGUUACCACAUUCAUAAAUAUAGCAAUUACUUGACAGACCAUCAAGGAUUGAAUUGAAAGAGGUCAAUAUGAAUUUGUACAGUAUUAAAUUUGGCAAGACACCCUCAAAAUGACUCAGUAGGCCAGAUUUAGACCUCUUACCUGGUUGUUUCCCAGGAACAGAGUGAUUACACUGACGGUGUUGCUCAGACAAAACAGUAUUCAUGGUGACGCAUAACAUGAAAACCUCAAAAGUUCUCAUUUUAAUUAAAAGGUCUCUGCCUUUGUGUGGUUCUCCCCCGUCUGAUCCGAGGGCUUCUCUGGGUAAUCUACUCAGUGAAGCAGAGCUCUAUCUGCGUUAUCUGCAGUAUCAACCUACUUACUGGGAGGCCAGAUGUGUGGUCAGCCUGUUGUCUAACCGGCCGGCCUCCGUGUCAGAGGGAUCAGCACAGGCUGGUGCAUCACAGACACCUUUCGCUUCACUCCGGGGCUUCCUUUUUGUAAGGUUUUGGAUCAAAUGUAAAGUAUGGCAAUCAUCAUCGAGAUAGGAGCUACGGGUUGUGUGAAUGCUGGGAGAAAAGCACUGCACACUAAUGAUGCUGUGCAACAAUCUACAGUUUGGGUCCGUGCACCGUACAUUUUAUUUCCAAUUUUGAAACGCAAAUAAAAAAAAGGGCUGUUUUUCGACUUUUACUAUAUAUAUAUAUAUAUAUAUAUAUAUAUAUAUAUAUAUAUAUAUACAAACCCUGUUUCCAUAUGAGUAGGGUAAUUGUGUUAGAUGUAGAUAUAAACUGAAUACAAUGAUUUGCAAAUCCUUUUCAACCCAUACUCCCUUUUCUUUUAACAACACUCAAUAAAUGUUUGGGAACUGAGGAAACUAAUUGUUGAAGCUUUGAAAGUGGAAUUCUUUCCCAUUCUUGUUUUAUGUAGAGCUUAAGUCGUUCAACAGUCCGGGUUCUUGCUGUCGUAUUUUACGCUUGGGAGACAAGUCUGGACUGCAGGCGGGCCAGGAAAGUACCCGCACUCUUAUACUACGAAGCCACGCUGUUGUAACACGUGGCUUGGCAUUGUCUUGCUGAAAUAGGCAGGGGUGUCCAUGAUAACGUUGCUUGGAUGACAACAUGUCUUGUUCCAAAACCUGUAUGGACCAGUUAAGCAUUAAUGGUGCCUUCACAGAUGUGUAAGUUACCCAUGCCUUGGGCACUAAUACACCCCCAUACCAUCACAGAUGCUGGCUUUUGAACUUUGCGCCUAUAACAAUCCGGAUGGUUAUUUUCCUCUUUGUUCCAGAGGACACCACAUCCACAGUUUCAGAAUAUAAUUUGAAAUGUGGACUCGUCAAACCACAGAACACUUUUCCACUUUGCUUCAGUCCAUCUUAGGCGAGCUCGGGCCCAGCCAAGCCGGCGGCGUUCCUGAGUGUUGUUGAUUAAUGGGUUUUGCUUUGCAUAGCAGAGUUUUAAGUUGCACUUACAGAUGUAACGACCAAUUGUAGUUACUGACAGCGGUUUUAUGAAUUAUUCCUGAGCCCAUGUGGUGAUAUCCUUUACACACUGAUGUCGGUUUUUGAUGCAGUACCGCCUGAGGGGUCACAAGUCCGUAAUAUCAUUGCUUAUGUUCAGUGAGUUCUCCAGAUUCUCUGAACCUUUGAUGAUUUUACGGACAGAAAAGGUAAAAUCCCUAAAUUCCUUGCAAUAGCUCGUUGAGAAAUGUUGUUCUAAAACGGUUCGUCAAUUUGCUUACAAAUUGGUGACCCUCGCCCCAUCCUUGUUUGUGAAGGACUUAGCAUUUCAUGGAAGCUGCUUUUAAACCCAAUCAUGGCACCCACCUGUUCCCAAUUAGCCUGCACACCUGUGGGAUGUUCCAAAUAAGUGUUUGAUGAGCAUUUUUCAACUUCAUCAGUAUUUAUUGCCACCUUUCCCAACUUCUUUGUCACGUGUUGCUGGCAUCAAAUUCUAAAGUUAAUGAUUAUUUGGAAAAAAAAAAAAAAAGUUUAUCAAUUUGAACAUCAAAUAUGCUGUAUAU